CUAUAAUGUCACAACAACAUAAUCAAUCUAAUACAAAUACAAAAACUUCUCAUUCAACGGUAAAUGGUGGAGAUGUUAGAAUUAGAACUAGUAAUGGGGAAGUAUAUAUUCCUGCAACUCAACGUCCAGAUGGAACUUGGCGAAAAGCUAGAAAGGUUAGAGAAGGACAUAUUCCACAAGAUGAACAGCCACGUUUUGAAUGUAAAGCUCAAUCAGAAUUUAAACAAACAUCGAAAACUAGUGGAAAUUCCGUUAAUUAUCCAGUUGGUUGGUCCCCUGUUGAUAUGGUUAAAGAACAAAAAAAGAAAAUAAUUAAAAACAAUUUAUCAACAUCUUCUUCAACUAAACCAACAAUAGCUGUCGACAAUCCAAAUGCCCCAAUUACUCCAAAAGAUUUUAUUCAAAAACAAAUAAAUAAAUUUCAAAAGAAAAUUGAGGAAAUUGAUAAACUUAAAGAAAAAAUAGAAAAUGGGCAACUUAAAAAUCCAGAAAAAAAUCAAUUAGAAAAAAUUUCAAAAAGAAAAGAAAUUGAAGGAGAAAUUGAAAGUUUAAUUGAAAAAUUAAAUAAAAUGUAAAUAAGUACAUCUAAUCUUUUAUUUUUUCUUCAAAAUUAUUUUAUAAAAAAAUGGAAAUUUUUUAGAUUUUGUUUUUAGUUUGUUCUAAAAUAUUUGUAAUUGCUAUAACAUCUCUUUCCAUUACUUUAGACCAAUUUUCAACAUCGCCAAUUUCCUUAAAUUAUUAGGGAAUUUAAGAGAAUGAUUUUUCGAAUUUAAUUAAUGAAAAUGUUUGUGGAUGUGGGAGGAUAUCGGGAAGUGGAUAUGUUUUUGAUGAUUGUCUUUGGAUAUACCCCUGAUGAAUAUGUCUUUGUAUAUAUUUGUCUCGCUUUAGGCCCCGAUUCGUAUCCCCCCCCCCCUCCAGCAAAAUUUGUAAUUUUUUGA